UGCAAAUUAUCUCCAUUAAACUGGAUUGAGUACGACACUGAGGAUACAUGGAGCAUAAUCAAUGAGGUGAUCCUUGGCGGAAAAUUGGCCAUAAGUAAAACCGCCUGCAGGAAGGUCCAAGAAACACGAUCGUAAGCUUUGCUCAUAUCCAGCUUUACAGCUGCUAAGCAUGUGAGGCCUUUCUUCUUCCUGAUACAUUCCACAACUUCAUGAGCAAUGAUGAUGUUUUCACUGAUGUUCCGGCCUGGGAUAAAGCCAUUCUAGUUUUCAUCAAUCAAAUCAUUCAUCACCACUUUAAGGUGGUUAGUGAGCAUUUUAGUGAUAAUCUUGUAUUUAACAUUACAAAGACUAAUAGGCCUAUAGUCAUUCGGAUUCACCGGCGAUGAGAGCUUUGGGAUAAGAGCCAAUCUGGUUUGGUUCCACUCUGGUGGAAACGUAAGCAAAGUGAAAACCUCCAGAAUAAAAUCUUGCACAUCCUUUCCAAUUAUGUCUCUAUCAGGCCCUGGAGACUUCCAAGAGGACAUUUGCUUAAUAGCAUACAAGACCUCAUUUGCCGUAAAAGGAGCAUCCAUAGCAGCAGCUUGUUCAACGGUUAUAACUUCCUCCACAUUACUCAGUAGUCCCUAGAAAUGACUAGAGGACUGACCACUCUGAGAUGGCAGAUCACUAGAUUUAUAAAUGGUGGAAAAGUGAUCAUGUAUCAUAGAACGCAGGGAAUCGAGAUCCUAAAUCCAAUUGCCCUGGGCAUCUUGAAGCUCAUUAAUCUAAGUGUUGCCUUUACGUCUUAUCGCCCACUUGUGAAAGAACUUUGUAUUCCAAUCUCCAAAUUGUUUCUAAUUUAACUUUGCCCUCUGGUGCCAAUAUUCUUGUUGCAAAUGCAGGGCUUCCUCCAAAGCUGACCGUCGUUGCUCUAGGUGAUUGUUAAGAGUUGCAUCAUCCUUGUGUGUCUCCCACUGAGUUUGAGUUCGUGCUAGAUCCUCAGUAAGUUUGAAAACCAAUUGAUCUUAUUCAAUUGGUGUAAGGUCUUAUUCAACUUAAAAGAAAGACCCUGUUGUGAAUCCUCAAAAGACAAAAAAGGUUGUGACCAUGCUUGAUUAACUAGAUCUUUUGAAGAGGCACAAUGUGACCAAAACUUCUCAAACCUGGGACUCUUUUUUCGUAAAUUUUAUUGCUUAAGUUCUACCAAAAUUGGUCCAUGGUCCGAGCUCAUUAUUGGCAAGUUUCUAAUGACUGCCUUCUUAAAAGUAUCUAACCAAGGUCUGUUCACAAAAGCGUGGUCUAACCUUUCAAAGAUCAUAGCAUGACCUUGACGUUUGUUUGUCCAAGUGUACCAACAGCCAAGAUGCUUCAACACUUCAAGAUUAUUACAGUCCAGUAACUGUCGCAUGGCACUAGUAUCUUGAUGUCUUACUUGUCGGCCUCCAUACUUAUCUUCUUGAUCUAAGACUUGAUUAAAAUCACCUACUAUAAUACUGGGAUAGCUAAAACCUUGAAUUAUGCCAUGCAACUAUUUACCAAAAAUCGGUCCUAUCAUGGAAAGAAGGAGGACCGUAUAGAAAGAUGGCCAACCAUUCAAGGCCUGAAGGUUCACGAAUCCUAGCCACUAUUACAUUAGAAUUCUGAUAAAUGAGACUAAGGUUAACACUAUCAGUCCAGAAGAGAGCUAAUCCCCCACUGAAACCAACAUGAUCUAUUACAAUAGAAUGCACAAAAGAAGUAGACUGUUGCCAAGCCAAAAGAUGAUCCUUACUGUUAGUCUCCAUAACAAAUAAAAUACUAGGUUCUACCUAAUACAUGUUUAGACAAGACAUUAUUCAUUCCUCGGAUGUUCCAACAUAGUAUAUUCAUAAAAACAGAGGUGAUUGAUUUGGUUCAACCACCACAAAACCAUUCAGCUGGUUACCUUCUUCAGGAACCUUAGGUGCAACACUGACUGCCUCAUCUUGCACAGGGGGCUGCCCUUCCUUCCCAGUUGUCACUUCAAGCAUUAACCUUUGAGCUUCAACCUCAGUAUAGGCCUCCGUUAUCUCAGUCUCAGGCAUCACCCACGCAGCUUCCAGCGCCUUGAACAAGUCCUCCACCCUUUUCUCAGCUGCCUUGCUUGUCCUUCUCUUCCCAGGUCUCCUGAGCUCUGCCUGAGAAUCCUUAGAGCUUCUUUUCUUGCUGCUGGAAGAGGUAUCAGAGGCAGCAGAUAUAUCAGAGAGUUUAAAGUCAUGAUCAAAAUCGGCAUCCUCGAUUUGCAUCCACCAUCAAGACUGCAAUUUGCUGACAGGAGACAUUUCCACAGAAAGCUGAGGAGGCUGAGGAAUGUCUGCUUCUGACACAACUCUUCUAGCUCGCAUAAAGUAAUCCUCUACUUCACUAUCAGUUAGCAAGGAAUCUUCUUGAACCUAGCAUGGGGCUAAAGCUGAAGAGAAGCGUAUGCGGGACCCUGUCCUCUUGAAAAUACCCCGACCGUGCUUAGAGACAAGGAUAACAGAGCUUCGUGAGUGACCAGAGCUUUCAGAAGAAUCUGAGCCAGCACCUGCAAAAGCCCUAGUCCUAUUGACUACUCUAACAGUUCUUCCAACACUACUACUCUCAGUAUCACUAACAUCAGAACUAGAAAUCAAACCAUGAAAUACAGUGUUUGGGGAAACAUUGUGAUUGGUGGGUAAUCGGGAACAUUAGGAACAACAAAAUCAUGAAUAUAAGAAGGAUCAUCUAACAUAUCCUCCGCAGGAGGAAUAUCAGGCAUCUCAUAAAAGGAAGAUGGCAUGUAAAAAACAGAAUCAUCAUCGGGAACAGAGGCAUCAGAGUUCUCAGAAGAAGCAGACAAAUAAGAUGGUAGUGAAUGGAAACUAUCACCUUGAUAACUAGCAGUGACUGAAAAUGUGCCCAUAACAGCAGCAGGAGCAGCCAUCCUAGACGAAUCAAAGCAAAGUCUGGAUUCAGAUAGAACUGUCUGGACAGGGGAACAGGGGAGCCAUCAUCAUCAACAAAAUCAUCUGCAUUCAUGUCUGCCAAGUACUCCCUAUCAUCCAUGCCAUCCUGAACCAUCAGAAUCGUCAUCAUCAUCUCCAUCCCCAUCUGACCUAUACUAAUCCCAAAUUAUUACGUAGAGUGGACGAUUGCAUUAAUAACUGAAAUUUUACUGUUCCCAAAAUCAUUAUAACUAAAGAGUUUGAACCCACUUUGCGCGUAUGUAAUACUUGAUAGAUUUUGACCAGAAAUCCAAUCGUCAGAAGAUGAAAAAGUGACUGAAUGAGAUUAAGAGAUUGUGAUAAUAAAAUUAAAUUGAAAUAUUGUGUGGAAAAUUGGAUAAUUACAUGAAGGAGAAGUUGUUAUAAUAUAAGUGAAAAUAAUUUAAAUGAUAUGUGAUAAUUAAAAUGAAGAACUACUAAAACUUCAAAGUUAUUCUACAAUUAUAAUAUAGGUAGAUGAUGACUACUACUGCUAUAACGAUAAAAAUAAUUUCCUGGCUCUGCAAAAAUCCCACACUACCGCCAUACUGUUCUGUUGCGCUUUUGUUGUGAAGAUGAAAACUGUGCAAGGAAAACCAGUGAGAAGGGUUGCACGGUCACAGAUUUUAAUCAAAAAAAAAAAAGAGAGAAGAAAAUAAAUGAAAUUCAAAAGGUUACAAUUAUGUACUGUGCCGGAGUGUCCAUAUCAAUGGAAUAGUGUGGUCCUUUCUAGCAAUCUCUGCCCGAGAGAGAGAGACAGAGAUAGAUAUGCAAAUUCAGAGGGAUGAUGAUAUUAAUUUUGAUGUGUGGGCAAAACCAGAGAGAUCUAAGCUCUCCUAAUUCAACUUUGGACCACCAUCCUCCAUAACUACUAACUCUUACGUAUUAGUCAUAUAGUACGAUGCUACUGUAAUUAUCAUCAAGGGUUAAAAUUAUGACUAGCUGUUGCAUCUACGUUUGCAAACAAACAAUAAACAAAUUGAGACAGAACGUUUUGAGAUUCAUAUUAAGUACCCAAUCAUUUUCUUAGAUCCCCCAUCUUGAUUAGGAAUUUAGCACACAACCAACACAAACCUAUGCUUAUUAUUUAUUUUUCGAAAGUGUUUUUCCUGUAUUCAAAUUUAGUUUAUUUGGACUAAUUAAGUUGGUUUGCUUACAUAUACUCUAAAUUCUGCGAGAAAUUUAUGUGCACUACUAUUGACAAACACUCAUUGUAUAAAUCCUGACACGAACAUGAUGAGAGAAUACAAUAAAAUUGUACUUGAACUAAUUAAUUUUAUAUUAUAAUCUUUUGGAACAAAAGUUUAAUUUUAUUCUAUAUUACAAUGAGUUUUCAAACUACAAGUAAGAUCACAAACAUUUCAGUUGAUUCUUAAGAUUUUCGAUGAGGAAGUACAGUACAUGAUCUUUCAUUGCCGUUUUUCGAGAGAGGUUUAGGGUCUGAAAGUUUAAAAAAGUAUUUUGCCUUUUUCGAAUUAUCAAAGCCUAAUGAACUAGGAUAGCUCAUGAAGUACAAAAGGAAGAGGUUAAUCUGUUUUUAAAAAAUUAAGAUGUUAAUUAAUAAUUGGAAGUCUGUCUUCAAAAAACAUAUAUAUAUUUUUUAAAUGGAGUCUUGAUAAUUUAUUAAAACUCUUAGGAUUAAAAUAACAGAUUUUACAAACAUCAGGGGUGGUGAAUGUAAUUCUUCCUGACCUUACUUUCCGCUGAAAUGUCAAAACUGUAAGAAAGAAAAAAGAAAAAAGAAAAAAGAAAAAAGCUUGAGAGCCAAAUAGUAAGGAGUAGGAAGGAGUUACAUAUAAUAUCCCAAUUCUGUGUUGCAGACUGUUCUGCGGAGACCCUAAACCCCCCUCUAAUUUCUCCUCUUUCUUAUUCACUUGUUGUUAAGCGUUUCAUUAUAUUGUUGUUUACCCCCAAAAACUAUUCAACUGUGGCUGUCGGUUGUGCUGAGCAAAAAUCUCGCUCACUCUCUUCUUGGACUGCUGUCACGGGGGUUUCAAGGUUGAAUCUUUAGGUGAAUAUCUGCAAACUGUGUUCGUGAUCCAUUAGAAGUGGUAAACUUCUGUGACAGCCUACAUUUUGCAACUCGGGGUGGGAUGCUGGACCUUCAUGUGAAGAUGGCAUCAGUCAGUGUUUAAUUAAAAUGAAAACCACGCAGGAUUCAGAAAAUAACCAAGAACUGCAACCUACAAGCCAGGUUUCCCAUGAGUCACAAAGUGACCAACAGAACAAUGCGACAGAGGCUCCUAUAGCAGAUUCAGGUUCAGUUUCGGUAUCAAGCAAUGAUGGAAGGAAAGUUUCACGUGAGGAUAUUGAACUUGUCCAGAAUUUAAUAGAACGCUGUCUGCAGUUGUAUAUGAAUAAAGAUGAAGUGGUGAAAACUCUUCUAACUCGUGCAAGAAUAGAUCCCGGUUUUACUACUUUGGUAUGGCAGAAGUUGGAAGAAGAAAAUGCCGACUUUUUCAGGGCCUAUUACAUAAGGCUUAAGUUGAAGAAGCAAAUAAUGCUGUUCAAUCACUUGCUUCAGCAUCAAUGCAAUCUCAUGAAGUAUCCGAAAAUGCCAUUGGCUCCCAUGCAGAAUGGGAUUCAUCCCAUGCCAGCCAACAACCUACCAAUGGGAUACCCUGUUGUUCCACAACCCCCAAUGGCAGUUACUGGUCAACCUCAUAUUGAUCCCAUGGCAUGCGGAAUGCCUAGCUCCCACGGGGUUAAUGGAGUGCCUGCACCAGCAAACUUCCAUCCCAUGCGGAUGAAUGCUGUAAACGAUAUGGUUAUUGACAGUGCAACUCCUGAUGUACCGCCUGCAAUUGCUCCUAAUAGUGCCAUGUCAUCGAUGUCGGAGAUGCCUGUGAGCCCUACUUCAGUUGCAUCCAGUGGCCAUUUUCCCUUCACUGCGUCGGAAAUCUCUGCUAUGGGAGUUGAUACUUCAGGGCUUGAUUCUGCAUUCACUUCUGAUGUAGCAAGUUCAGUAGGAUUGCAGCUUCCUCCUGAUAAUGGUAAUGGAAAUUCAAGGGAUCCUCUCCGAUCUUGGGCUCAAAUCCCCUGGAAUUUAAGCCUUUCAGACCUAACGGCUGAUUUGUCAAAUUUGGGAGGUACGUUUUUCAUGAAGAUACAAACACUAUGCUAUAAGCUUGAAAGUGGGUUUUUUAGUGUAGACUGUCAUGCUGUUUCCUUUAUCAAAUCAAGUGCUUCCCCUUUUACUGUUCACGAUUUUGUUUUACUGAUUAGAAGUGUAACCGUUAUGUAUGCCAGUUAAAAUCCCAAAAGUAUCAAUGAUCUUCCCAUAGAUGUAAUUUGAAUUAUUUCUUCGAGAAGUUGAUAGAUAUGACUAGACACCGAGGUUUGUUGCAAACUGCUGGUGUAAGAUGAAAUUAUCUUCUAUAUAACCAUGAGGGCUGCUACCUUGUUGGUUAACUUAGCGUUAGGUUUAUUUUAAGAAGUGUCAAUUACUCGACUGUGUUUUGUGAAAGAAAGACAAAUUACCAACCAAACCCUUUAAAGUGAAAUAACAUAAGGGUAGAAUUUUUUUAUGUAUUGUUCAUCCCCUCAGCAUUGUUCACUAUUUUUCAUUGGAUUAUAAACUGGGGGAAUUGUUGAAUUUUAUUUUUGACUUAGUCCCUUCAUCUUUGACUUAUCCAGAGUUGGGACCGCUGGGAAACUACCCUGGUUCUCCUUUUCUUCCUUCGGAUUCUGAUAUAUUACUCGAUUCUCCUGAUCAAGAAGACAUCGGUAAGCAAGAUGAUUUGUUUAACUGCCGAAUAAAAGUGAGGUGUUUGUGUUCUUUAAUACUUGUUUUCCUCUGUAAUUUUGGUGUUUACUUUUUUCAGUGGAGGAGUUUUUUGUUGAUGUUCAGCCAUCCCAAUCAGAUGAAGAAAGGUCUUAGGGUUAAAAGCAUGGUACGUGCCAACUGGUAGAGCUUAGGAACUCAGAUUCUGUAAUAAGAGGAGAACCCGUGCAGAUGGUACUUAUAAGGUAUUGGAGGCCUAGUUAUUUAACUUGUUUUAGAACAGUGUAGGUAGCUUUGAAUUCAGGAAGGCAAAAGAUGUGAGGUCUCAACUCAGAGCAGUGCCAAAAGGAAAAGAAAGGACAGAUAUGUUUAGUGAGAAAUGACAGCCUUUUACUAUAUGUGUACUUGUAGGUUACAUAUUCUUUCUUUAUUGGUUUUUUUUUUUUUCUUUGUUGGUGUCAAUUAUACUUUGAUUUGCACUUUUUGCAUUGACUUGUUAGAAAGUAGUUCAUACAUGUAGUAUUCUAGCUAAUUUAGUUCGUACUACUUCUGAUGUAAUGACCUUAUUAUAUUCAUGAUUUAAAUUUAUAGAUGUGCGGUUGCCAUGGUCCGUAGCCAAUGAGAACAAUAUUGUAUAUGUCAUCACCUUAUUAUUGCUAAAUGAAACCUAGAAGACCGGAACGAUUAAUAUUGAGG